CAACACACAAGUAAUAUAAGUCAUUGGAUCAUCAGUUACCAAUUUUCAUUUACUACUCUUUUUCGAUUCCAACAAAAAGAAAAGAAAUAUGUCAGCUGCUACCUGCAUUGAUAUCAUCUUGGCCAUUAUUUUGCCUCCUCUUGGUGUUUUCCUCAAGUUUGGUAUCCGGGCCGAGUUUUGGAUUUGUUUGUUGCUGACCAUUCUUGGCUAUAUCCCUGGGAUACUUUAUGCUCUCUAUAUUAUCACCAAGUGAACUUCAAUCUUUGAGGAGUUGUGAACUGUGAACGGCAAUAUGUUUUUUGUUUCUCUGAUUUGGGGUUCGUUUAUAGUCGUUGAUGGACAGUUGAUUCUUCAUUAUGUGUGUCAAAGUGUUUAAGAUUUCCUUUUCCUUUUUUCUUUUUCUUUUCCCUUCUUUUUAUUAUUAUUUUAUAGUCUGAUGUAAAGGUGGAAAUGGAAUAUUAUUGGUUUUGUAUGAUGGUGGUGGUGGGUACAUAUCACACUUAGCAUACAUAUCAACCAAUGCAGUACCAACAAACACAUCUGUUUGGUAAUGGUGAGAUUUUUUCACAAUGAGAUUUCGAUGUGGGGGUAAUUUGUAAGUUUGGAUUAUUAAAGACAUAUAAAUUUUUACAA